UGGGUCUGAUUACGUGUCCUGCUAUUUCUCUGCGCCGUGAAGAUGAAGGUUCAUCUUGGAGCUCCUUCCACCCUCCGCUGCUGCUUCAACCCAUUUUCAGGAUUUCACAAUAAUCACAUUAAUUAUCUCCGUAAUUACAAUUAUGCACCCCUCAACUACCUUCCUCCGUCCAGACCUUUCUUCCCGCUCAUCUCUCCGGCUCCUCCUCCUCGUCUUCCUCCUCUCGCCAUGGCUGCUUCUACUAAUAUUCCUACUCAGAGUGUGAGUGAUGCUGGUGAUGGAGUGAAUGUUUUCCAGUUAAUUCAGGUUCAUCAGGAAAAAGCUGCAAGGCUGCCUCCUAUAGAGGAAGUUAGGACUGUUCUCGGUUACAGUCUGCGUGGAGUGCUCUCCACUUUCUCCCAGAAACAUGAAGGAUAUCCAUCAGGUUCCAUGGUUGAUUUUGCAUGCGAUGCCUAUGGAUCUCCAAUAUUAGCAACCAGCAGCUUAGCAGUUCAUUCAAAGGAUCUCUUAGCUAAUCCCAAAUGCUCAUUGCUUGUGGCAAAAGAUCCUGAGGAUAGGACUGAUUUAGUCAUAAUUGUGCAUGGUGAUGCUGUUCCUGUGUCUGAGACUGAUAAAGAUGCUGUUCGUGCUGCAUACUUGGCCAGGCAUCCUGAUGCAUUCUGGGUUGACUUUGGAGAUUUCCAGUUCCUUAGAAUUGAACCCAAGGUUGUGCGAUAUUUAUCAGGUGUUGCAACAGCUUUAUUGGGAUCCGGAGAGUUCAGCAAAGAGGAAUUCAGAGCUGCAAAAAUAGAUCCAAUUUACCAAUUCUCUAAGCCAAUCUCGUCCCACAUGAAUAAAGACCACACAGAAGAUACCAAACUAAUUGUGCAGCACUCAACAUCUGUUCCAGUGGAGUUUGCUUACAUACUGGAUGUGGACAGUCUUGGAUUUAAUGUUAAGGCUGGGUAUCAAGGGAGCACUUUCAAGCUCCGGGUUCCUUUUCCUAGACAAGCAGUAGAUAGAAAGUAAGAUG